AUGGCUUUCACCCAGGACAAAGUGAGGCAACCUCCGGGGACCCUACGAAGCCCCCCUGUUGGAUGUGGGGGACUGAGCUUGGGUCCCCGAAGUGAGAUCCCUGGCUGCGCUGACUGUGGGGCUGUCAUGGGGGGUGCUGGCCCCCAUGUCCACGACUGGGGUUCAGAGAGGAUCGAGCCCUGUGGCAUCAGCUGCAGCACAAGGCAAAGCCCCCAGGUGACUUGUGAGGCUCGUAUUCCUGCAACAGAGACCACCCCAGCUGCAGGAGUGAAUGUCGUAGUAGUGGUUGACGGGAACUGCAUCCUGCAAUAUACCCAUCGCCAAUCACCUUGCUCCUGCCUCUCUGAUGGGGAGCCUCUCCUGUCCCGACGCCCUCCACCAUCGUACGGUGCUGUGCCCCCCAGCCCCACUGUCCCCCGGGGCCCGGCUUGCGGCCAAGAAGCUGGCCCGCCCCCAUCCCGCAGGACCCGUGGACUCAGCGUCCGCUGUUGCACCAAAGCCUGUCUGGGCGACGAAGAGGAACAUGCCGAGCGGCACCUCCAUCGGGGGGCACCCUGCAGCCGCCUCACCCCAGUGCCCCUGCCCUGCAGCCCUUCUGGGCCGUGGUUUGGAGUGGGGUCUCUCAGUGGGGGCAGGCCGGGGGCUCGGGUCGUGAAGAUCUGGGACCGACAGCGAUGCCCCUUGCUGGAGGAAGGGGAUGUCAUUGCAAAGGUGAACGGGGCGGACGUGCGGGACCUGAGCCCUGGAGAAGUGGAGAGUGUCUUGCAGGAGCAUACGCGGACAGGAGAUGUGAUCCUUCUGGUGGAAAGGAAAGGUCAUCAUUCCCGGAGACAUCCCCAGGAAAACUGCUCUUUCAGACGAGAACACCUCUUGCCUGAUUCUUGUCACAAUAAAGGAGUUUCCCGAGAUACUCCGAACGCUUGGGGAACUCCCCCGGCUGACACUUUGGCUGUGACCAGUUUUGUGGGCCCCGAGCCCCGGGAUGUACUUGUGUGUCCUGCUCGUUGUUCCCAGAGGCCGAGGAGGCCCCGGCCAGCGGGAGGGGCUGGGGAGCCCACAGGAGGUGUGGAUGGCCCCAAAGAAGACCAUAGCUGCAACAGCGGCGUCGCCAUAGCAACAGAUGGAAGUGGAGCUGUGAGAGCAGCCAGCUCCCUGUUGCCCCAUCCAGAAGAGGGUCCCUCUCAUCAGGAAGAUGGCGGGCUCUUAGCACGGCUAUCCCACGGCGAUGUCGGGGGCAUCUUCCGGCAGGCGGGGAGCCGGGUGCGAAUGAGGGUCCGGAACCGCAAGGACGUGGGAGUUUCCAGCGAUUUGAACACAGCUGAUAUUGAUGUAGGUGAAUGUCCCCGGAGCCCCGCCUACCGCCUCCCCCAGCCCCAGGAGACUGGCCAAUAUUCUGUGGAGCUGCUACGAGGACCCAGCGGUUUUGGCUUCAGUUUGAGAGGCGGAAGUGAAUAUAACAUGGACAUCUAUGUCUUGGCCCUCAUGGAGGGCGGACCAGCCCAGCAGUGUGGCAAGAUUCAGGUGAGCGACCAGCUGGUAGAGAUCAACGGAGAGCCCACGGCAGGAAUGACGCAUGCUCAAGCUGUGGAGCACAUCCGCAACGGGGGGAGCCGGAUACGCCUGGUGCUGAAGAGGGGCAACGGGUUCGUUCCCGAUUAUGACCGUGAGUACAGUCAGAGCCCUGCCAGGUUGCAGCAGGCGCCGGAGACCGAGGACAAAGCCAGGCACCGGCACCGGAGAGCAAACCCCCCUGGGGGUCCCCAGUAUCUGGGUCAGCCCCCCUGUGACGGGGGCAGCCGGGAGGCAUCGCCCAGCAACAAGCAGCGGCAGCAGCUCCAGCUCCCCAAAGCCCGCCAGUCUAGCUGGCCGCACCGCAGCUCCGCCAAGGCUCCAGGGGAGGAAGACGAAGAUGGAGAAGGGGGCUGGAGGCCCUUGCGGGAGCAAGGGAAGGGCGUGGAGGGAGGGGGGGACAGCUGCAAGCUCCUCUCCCCCAGGCCGAGCAGGAAGCUGCGCUCAGACCUGGUCCCUGGUCCCUGGCUCGUGCCCAGCAAGGAGCGCCUGUCCCGGGCUCUGUGGGGCGUCUGCAUGGGCCAGGGGGAGGAAGAAGAGCAGAAGGGUGACUCGGGGAGAGGGAAAAGCAUGGAGGUGAAGAGGCGCAGCUAAACCCAGCACUCUUUGCGGCUCCGCAACGCAGCCGUGUCGGGAACUACUCAGUGCCUGGGGCAAUGGCCCUGUCCACCCCCAUCCGGACUAUGCAAUAUGAUUUUCUUUAUUUUCCUUUCCUUUGCCCGCUCCCCAUAUUCGUACUAUGCAAUGGCAGCUUCUGUCUUGCGCUCCCUGGCCCCCAUUCCCCAUCCAUACUAUGCAAUGAUUAAACACAAACACAAGCCUCCUUCCCCACCUUCCUUGGGGAUUCUGCAAGGCAACCUUCUGUUUUGCUGCUGCUUCCACCGCUCCCAAGGACUGCGGUGGUAACAUCCCUUAUGCAACCUCCUGCCCUGGGUGGACUAUAACCUAUUGCAGUGCUACUGAAACUGUGUUGCGAAGAUCCCAGGGGGGGCUAGGAGAAGUUUUAUCCAGGGAGAAGAUCCAUAAUGGCAGACAGAAAAUGGGCUUGCCUGCUGUUGCCCACCCUGCAAUGCCUAGCGCCAGAGGAGGGGUGGGGGCCAUGUCCCAGGGCAUUGGUGGGGACCCUGCAGCCUAAUAUGGUCAGCCAGGCCUUAGAGGUUGGCCUGCCAGGCUGUGCUGAGUGAACCACACACCCCUUUACCACACCUGACAUCAUAUAUAUGAUGUCAGGCACAGGAAACUUCAAACUAUGGCUUACAGUGACAGAAGAAAGCACCAGGUUUUUAAAAGGUCACCUUUUGCCUGCAAAGGCAGGAAUCGGAAGUGCGCGUAGGUUACACUCCAUAUUCUUCCUUUGUGGCCCCUGAUCAAAAUUAGUCUACUUGCAAUGGCAUGCUUUCGAACUGCUAGGUUCGAACUGGCAAUGGGAGCUCACCCCGUCACGGGGAUUUGAACCGCUGACCUUCCGAUCAGCAAGUCCAAGAGGCUCAGUGGUUUAGACCACAGCGCCACCCGCGUCCCUUCAAAAUUAAGAUUACCAGACGUCAGGUGACUGACAGCAGGGUGGAGCUGGCCACUGUCAACGUGGCUGAUGGAGGGGGCGUGCCACCUCUGGAUCACCUGACACCAGGUGACUGACAGGUGGCUGCUGCGACUGGCCCUCCAUCCCCAUCCAUUUUCCUGCUGCUGUUCUAGGGUUUGCUCUCAAUUUGCACAAUGCAAUGACUGCAUCCAACGGGUGUCACUAGUACUUGGCACAAACUGAAGGUGCAACACUGCCAUCAACAAGCCCAGAACGUUCUGUGGGAGGCACACUGGAAGUCUGUCAGCAGUUAGUUAAUGGGAAAGGGUUCCCCUGAGACUUGAUCGUUUGAAAACCGCUGGCCCAAUGUUCCAUUCACAAAAUCCAUUGAGACUCGGUAGCAGUGAGAGUGUUGGGGAGCCCAGGGUUCGAAUCUCUGGGUGACCUUGGGCAACUCAUUAUCUUUCAACCUAACCUGUCACUCAGGCUUGCUGUGAGGAUAAAAUAGCAGAGGAUAAAAUAGCAGGUAUGGUGCUUUGAGCUCCUAGGGUACACCAAAUUGCAACAGAUCAACGAACAAACCCAUUCCACACUGACUCAUCUACUAAGGAACCCCUAAGCCCCCUUUUUUUUUGUUUUUUGAAAAGCCCACAUGUUUCAGAGGAUUCUGUAGAAUUACUUUAGACCAGGGCAUGCAGUCAGUUACCGCACACAAGCAGAGCACAUUUCUGGAACAUGCUCAAUACUCCUCCCUUGCAGGGAAGUUGAAAAUUGGUUGGAGUGGGCAAUUCAGGGGGAGCCUCUUCUGCCAUGACCGAUCUUCUCCCAGAAGACUCACGUGCUUCUGAGGGAACCUCUGGAGCAUGAUUUGAAAACCACCGUUCUAGUGUCCCUUAUCACAUCACUUCCCAAGACCGUGCAGUGUGGUCCGUGCCAUUCUGCUGCUGAACCACCUCCCCUUCGCUGCCCCUUAGCACAGUUCAUUCUCCUCCUCCCCUCAGGCUGUGCAGUCAUCCACCAGCCUCACGGACCUUUCCACUCCACUGGUGCCUCAAGCCCCCCCACAAGUGCAUGGGCUGGUGAUCCCUGCCCAGCCGCUCAGAAUGCAAUGGUACUCUUCACUCUGCUAGUGCCAACCACAGCGUGCAUGAGAGCCCUCAUGUGCUAAAACGCAGACUUCGCAUGCCAUACGGGAUGCCUGUGGCUCAGAAGAGCCAUGUAUUUCUGUGCCAUGUGCACACCCCAGACAUGCCACCACCCGAUGCUACGAAAACGAGUAUAAUAUAUAGAUUCUUGUUAAUUUGCGAAGGAGAAUGUGUUGUCCCGGGGGCAAGUUGUUUCAGCUUCUUCUAAUCAAUCAUGGGCACCGUUUGCUCCCACCUGUGAGCAUUGUUUGGCCUCCUGUGUUGAAAAGGCACAGCAAACAUGGGGUUGUUGUGUUGGUGAAGGAUUGCGGGGUAAAGAAGUGAGACAGCACACUCCUAAUGUUUUUUUUUUAAAAAAAUUGUGGUUUCACAUUGCAUCUCCUGUUUAGCUCUCAGUUCCUUCUCUGAUAAUAUAUCUGCGCAGACACUUUGCAGCAUAUCCGGAGGUGGUGCUGGCACAAUCCUGGGGCACACAGGCAAAAAUUGUGUGCCUUGUGUCACCAUCCUUUGUCUGGGGAGGGCGGGGGGAAGGUCAUACGCAUUGCAUGCUGUAUGCAAAACAUGAACUGACAUGAAAUGUGCAUGUCUCCAAAGGGUGCAUUUGGAUAAACUCUGGGCAGGGCUUCGGCUUUAUACAACUGCGGGGUCAGGGAUUCACAUAAAUGGGCACAUGUAAGACAAACCCAUGGGGAUAUGCAUGUCCAAGGCCAUGGCGCACCUAAGAAGCCCAGCCCCAUUGCAUUCAGGAGGCCUUCAGAGGCCCGGCAGUCAAGCUUGAAACCCACCGUGCAAAGCCCCAGAAGCUAUCUUAUCAUGCAAUACUACCACCCACACAAUGGGAAAAGGUGCUGGGUCACAAUUCUUCCUGGAGGCUGCAUCAAAGUAUCCUCCUGGUGCAUUUAUAGGAGUGGGUCAUCUCAGAGGUGAGAAGGAAAGGCUCGCUUCACAUGCUCAGAAGCAUUCUGCAGUCCCAACCCAUAGUUUUAAGCAAUGCAUGACAUGGGAGUCUAAGGCUCUAUGACCUGCCCUGGUUGAAACCCCACUUAACAAGGACUGAAGUUGAUUCUUCUACUGUUACAGAUGCGGAAAUAGCUGGCUUUUGGCUAACCUGAUACAAGAGGGGCCAGGGCUCCUGCGCUUUGAAUGAUUGUGCAGGUGCCAUUUGGGUGGAGGUGGGAAUGUCAGUGACACAAGAAAUUGCUUUAGAUAUGUCUGGCAGUGCAGUUAUGCCAUAGGAAAUGUUCUUUUUUAAAAAUAAAUAAAAAAAUCUAUAAAUUAAAAGAUUCUGAUUUUGUUUUAAAACUGCUUUUGAUUUAUUGUCUUUGCUUCCUCAAACUGCAUAAUCCAUGAUCGAGGUUCUGAAACCUUUUUAGGGAUGGAAAAAUCACUGCUUAGGCCUGGUAAACUCCCUGAAUGAAUCAAGAGCGAUAAGAAAUUCCCCAAUCCAGCUUCAGUCCUGUGUAACAACAACAGUGAAACAGCGAACAGUUUUUAUGUUAUUAUGUUUUAAUAUACUGUAUGUUGGAAGCUGCCCAGAGUGACUGGGGAAACCCAGUCAGAUGGGCAGGGUAUAAAUAAUAAGAUUAUUAUUAUGGAAUAGGACAUCCCUAUUUUCCUUGGAGAAAUGUUGGAGGGUAUGUAACUAGGCUUUGGGAAAGCGGUGGGAGGACUCUAGGACCCUGUCAUCUCCUUAGAAUUAUAGAGUUGGAAGAGACCACAAGGGCCGUCCAGUCCAACCCCCUGCUAAGCAGGAAACACCAUCAAAGCAUUCCUGACAGAUGGCUGUCAAGCCUCUGCUUAAAGACCUCCAAAGAAGGAGACUCCACCAC